AUGUCGCUAUCCAUCCCUGGGCCCUCUCAGCAGGGCCUCUUCAAGCAGGGGUACCAAACCCACGACGCUGAGGAUGGAGCUGUUAUCCGCAACAUCGAGGCCUGCCAGGCCAUCUCCGGCACCGUUCAGACUUCCCUGGGCCCCUACGGCCGCAACAAGAUCGUCAUCAACCACCUGCAGAAGAUGAUUCUGACCUCCGACGCUGCGACCAUUCUCCGUGAAUUGGAUGUUGUGCACCCCGCUGCUAAGCUGCUGGUUAUGGCCAGUCAGCAACAGGAUGCCGAGAUGGGUGAUGGCACAAACCUGGUCAUCGUUCUGGCCGGGGAGUUGCUGAAGAAGGCAGAGGAGCUUAUUCGUUUGGGAUUGAAGACCAGUGAUAUUACCUCAGGCUACGAGAAGGCACAAAACUUCGCUCUGAAGACCCUAGAGGAUCUCGAGGUUGACCGACUCAAGGAGAUGCGUUCCACUACCGAGCUCACCAAGGCCCUUCGGACGGUCAUUGCUAGCAAGCAGUCUGGCGUUGAGGAUACUUUGGCGGAACUGGUCGCGGAGGCUGUCCUUGCCAUUAUGGGUGGUAGCUUGGAGCAAUCCAAGGUGGUGAAGGGUAUGGUCUUCGGACGUGAGCCAGAUGGAAUUAUCAAGCAGGCUCGCAAGGCCAAGGUCGGCGUGUUCAGCUGCCCAAUUGAUAUCUCGCAGACCGAGACCAAGGGUACCGUUCUGCUGAAGAAUGCCCAGGAGAUGGUGGACUUCACCAAGGACGAGGAGUUGCGCCUGGAGGCCGCUAUCAAGGAGCUUUAUGACUCCGGUCUCCGCGUUCUCGUUGCUGGUUCUACCGUCGGCGACCUCGCCAUGCACUACCUCAACCGCUUUAACAUCCUGGUUAUCAAGAUUCUUUCCAAGUUCGAGCUCCGCCGUCUGUGCCGCGUUACCACCGAGAUCGGUGGUGACCGUGUCACCGUUUUCCGUCAAGAAGAUGCCAACUCCGCCACCCGCACAUCCACAAUCGUCCUGCGCGGUGCCACCCAGAACCACCUGGACGAUGUCGAGCGUGCCAUCGAUGACGGCGUGAACGUCGUCAAGGCCAUCACCAAGGACCCCCGUCUUGUCCCCGGUGCCGGCGCCACCGAGAUUCAGCUCCACGCCAUUCGCAAGUUCGCCGAGGCCUUCGAGGUCGUUCCCCGUACCCUUGCCGACUCCGCCGGUCUCGAUGCCACCGAGGUUCUCUCCCGUCUGUACACCGCACACCACCGCACCAACACGGAUGCCCAGUCCGAAGGUGCAGAGGAGGGCAGCUCAUCCGAGGAGGAGGAGCCCUACUGGACUACCGGUGUGGACCUGGAGGUCGGAUCCGGCGGUGACGGUACUCUCGAUACUGUUGACGAGGGUAUCCUCGACUUGAUGGCGUCCAAGAGCUGGGCCAUUCGCCUUGCCAGUGAGGCUGCCCGCACUGUUCUCAGCGUUGAUCAGAUCAUCGUUGCUAGACAGGCUGGUGGACCGAAACCCCCAGGCCCCAACGCUAACUGGGAUGAGGAUUAA